AUGGCGGACAUUGACCUGCAUAGCAUAUGUGCGAAUCUUAUUCAAAUCGCAAAACUAGGUGGGAAAAUCGUUGUAUCAGCAAAGCCAGACUCAUCAACAAUCUCGAACAAGAAAAACACCGCCGACAUAGUCACACAAACCGACAGCACCGUUGAGAAGUUCAUAUUCGACCAUCUCACAACUCAAUAUCCCACAUUCGCCUUCAUCGGCGAAGAAACCUACAAAGCCGGCGUACCCCUAACUCCCCAGCCAACAUUCAUCGUAGACCCCAUCGACGGAACAUCCAACUUUGUGCAUUCCUUCCCAGCGGUAUGCAUUUCAAUCGGUCUCGUCAUUGACAAACAACCCGCCGUCGGCGUCGUCUACAACCCCUUCCGAGACGAGCUAUGGUAUGCAAUAAAAGGGAACGGAGCAUUUACCCAACAAGGCUUUAACGCAGAAGUGAGAAGACUUCCAAUAACCACACCCCUACCUCUCCACGGGUUAGGCCCGGCCUGCAUCGGCAUAGAAUGGGGUAGCGACCGCGAAGGUCCCAACUUUGAGUUGAAUCUCAAAGUCUUCACGGCCCUCGCUCGUACAGCAGCCACAGGCGGCAAAUUUGUCAAUUCCCUUCGCUGUACAGGGUCCGCGGCUAUAACGAUUUGCAGAGUUGCCGCGGGCCAGCAAGAUGCAUUUUGGGAAUGCGGUUCUUGGGCUUGGGAUGUUGCUGCUGCAUGGUGCGUGUUGGCUGAGGCGGGUGGUGUGAUGGUUGAUGGGCAUCCUGGGGUAUGGAACCCGCCGGUUGAUAAUAGGAGAUAUCUUGCGGUCAGGCCGGCGAUGGAGGGGCAGAGAGAGUUUGUGGAGGAGUUCUGGGAGGUUAUUGGUGAGGACCGGUCUACGUAUGGACCUCCGGAGUAG